AUGGCGUUUUGUACCUAUUGUGGUCAGGAGUUCCAACGAAACGAGCAUCUCGAACGCCACUUAGCUACUCACGCUAAUAUUAAGCGAUUUAAAUGUAAUAUCUGUCAUCUAUCCUUUUCCCGAAGAGAUGUUCUUCAAAGACAUGUGGCGGUUCAUGGUGAAACCUCCGCCGAUGGGCAGUCCUCGAACCAGCCGAUGGCUGGUGUAAGACAUCGUACACAAGAAGCUUGCCGCAAUUGUGCAAGGACUAAGACUAAAUGUGAUUCUAACACACCCUGCAAUCGUUGUCACGUUAAAAAAAUUACAUGCGACAGACGGCCGAGAAAGACGCCGGCACGUGCAUCUUUGUCGGGCGCUAGCCAGGAUUCAACAACGACAUCGGUAUCAGAAAUUAAUGUUACUCGCGAUGUUGGAUCUUCUACUAUAAAUGUCGAUGUGGAACACGCUAGACCUAAUCGGAAUGUUCAAAGCGCUUCGGAAAAUAGCGAAGGUCUUGAUAUAUCAACACAUAGCUCUGCCCCACCGCCGACAAAGCAGCUGCGUGUCCAUGAAGCCAUCAUUGAAUCUGUCGCCACUGGUGGGUUCGGCACCUUCAUGGAGAAUGUGUCCGAACAAAACAUGAGUAACGCUGCUGUCCCACCCGGCACCGGAUCAUUGGUAAUUGGGUCGCACAUAGAAAGUUGGACCGGCCAGAACCAAGGUCUCAUAACAACUCGGAAUAGUGAACAGACUGAACACUCCACUGGCGCGAUUGGUCCAAGUCAGUAUAGGGUAAUUUGCAAUACAGGAUUAACGUCGCACAGUCCUACCGAGAUGCAAACCGACGGGUCAGCUAAUUUGUGGAACGAAGAGCGACAGGCGUACGACAUCCGGUGGCAAUAUAAUACAGACGCUGUGGAACAUCAAGUUAUCAUCCAAGCGUAUAACUACUGGUCGUCAUUUCGUUGCAACCCGUUCGAGGACAUGUCAAAGUGCCCUAGGACGGCUGGAGUGCUCCUGGAAAGCCUCGGUCACAUGCCAGAGUUGGAUGAGCUAUGGGGCUGGCUUGGACUCGACUUCGCAAGCCCCAAUCCGUUCGAACCUCUCGCGAGCUUACCGCUCCGCGAGAGUGUGCGGGAUAAGCUUGCCGCCAUCUCGCAGGCUCUUCUCCAAAAGGCUCUCAGAGUCCAUCAGCUCGACCCUGCCACGGCUGCUGCCAGUUACCCUUCCCCCUCUCCUGAUGGCAACUCCCGCGGGUUCCUUAUUCUCCCACCAUCCGCGACUAUGGAACAUUUUCUCCGCGAAUAUAUGCGGAUAUUCGAGCCGUUUUAUCUUCUUAUCCCUGGAGGCGUUUUGGACGCAAAUAUGCUAUUAAAUGGAUCUAAUGAUACAUCAUCUACUCUUCUUAUCCUGCUUAUGAUUGGACAGGGGGCUAUAUCAGAUCCUACAAAUGAGGCACGACGUCUAUCAGGUGGCUUAACGGAAGUCUGUCGUAUUUCCCUAUUCGACACCGUCGAAAAGGAUGUUUCUGUCUGCCACCAACCCUUGUUGCUACAUUGUGCACUGGUGUUUAUUAUUCAAGCUGCAUGGAGCGGAGAUAAAUGGCUGAUGGACAUCGGCCUCGGACAACGUGGUAUUUAUAUUGCAAUCGUCCGAAAUAGUAGAUUAUUCGAUGCUCAAGUCAGCCAUACGGAAUCCCUAGAACUUAGCGAUGAUUCAAGGCACGUAGCCUGGCUUGAGCGAGAGAGGCUAAUCAGACUUACAUAUACAUGGGCUAUUCUUGACCUAGAACUUAGCCUAUUCCUUGAUAGCACCCCGCAUAUUCAGAUAGCAGACCUUAACUUGGUCCUCCCUAGUCCUGCAGAACUCUAUCUAGCUUGUGAUACUGACUCUUGGAAACGUGGAAUGAACGAUACGCCGCCGAUACAGCCAUCUCUCCGUGUGCUAUUUGAAUGGUUCCUUACCGAUCAAAUUACAAGAGACAGACGUCGUUGUCUAACUCCCUCGGCGUUUCGGCUAUUGCUCCAUCCCCUUUAUUCGCUUGUUAACAGUUUCCGCCAAGUCCUCAGUUGCUUUAGCGAGGGGCCGAACUCGCGCUUAUUCUCUCCGGUUACGAAACGGUCUACCGAUGUUCGCAUGGAGGAAAUGCAGGUUCUUUUACACCGCUGGUUCAGCUUGUACUGUUCCCGUCUCCGUGAAGUUGAGCAGUCAAAUGUGUCGUUUAACCAAUUUCGGAGCCCACUGAUGACAGCGACUCUCAUCACUUAUCAUAUUAUCUAUCUUAAUACAGUAACGGGCUUUACCGACAUCGAAAGCUUAGCUAGAAGGGGACUGAGCGAUUCUCGACUUCAGCAGCUAUCUUCCACUCGUGUUGAACAGUAUAUACAUUGUCCUGACGAGGCUCUCUUACAUAUCGGUCAGAUCCUCUACCUUCUUCGCUCAUUUGAUAAAAAAGUCCGCCCGCCGUGGUGGCCUGCUGCUCUUUACCGUGUCACACUUACUUUAUGGGCGAUAAGCGUAUUUUGCGGAGCGCGGUGGAAACUACCGUCAUCGACUCUUGUAUUGAUAGAUGUUGAGUCGCGGGGCGACGAUGAUGCAGUAUAUCGACAUUUCUACUCUAGCGUGGGAGCAAGUAUCUCUGGAUCAAACGCGGCAACGACUUCGGAUUCAUCUCCCAAUCACCAGGUCUCCAUUCCAGCAAUCACGGACCAAAGGGGUGGUUCUGAGCCGGUAGCAUUGGAUGAUCCAAUCCGAACACUGGAGACUUGCUUGCUAGCUUUCGGGGGUGGCAUCGCUACGAGAUUCUCAGAGGGAAUCCAUACUAAGUUGAAACAAUUUUUGGCUAGUCGCUACGGCCUGAGAAACGGAUGA